AUGUCUCUUGAUAAACUAAGAAGUGCUAUUGUGGCUGUUAAGAUCCGAAAGAUCCGAAAGAUGAAGCGAGAAACUCCAAAGUGUCCGAUGGGCUUUUAUUUCCUUUUUCUUUUUCUGAAGACAACACGAUUCAAGGAUGUUUGGUCAGAUGAUAUCAAUCGGCAGCUGGCGGGGACCUCAAGAGUCCGGAAAUUGGUUUAUACGAGUAUGACUAAUCAUGAUCCAGGCUCACGACUGUGGAACUUGGUUGAUAUCAGAAGGAGUCUUCAUGUUGGAGCAGUUAGGUGUCAUGUUACUCGAUUUGUUGAGUUUCUGAGCAAUAAUGAUUCUUGGCAGCUCCAGGUAGAGAAUUAAUGAUGAGUUAUUAGCUUUUUAACGAACGCUUGCUUUAUCCUUAUGGUUUUGCAUUCAUAGGUUGAAGCAGCUUGGGUUCUCACCAGUGCUUUUGGUGGCUCGACUCCUGCGAUUGACCAUUUGCUGGAGCCAAUAUUUCAAAAAUUGUAUUCCAAUCAUGUGUGUUUUAGACCCCUACGAUAUGUUGUAUUAUUUUUCCAACUAUAUGCUGAUAUGUGAUUUUCUGAAUGGUUGGUUUACAGGAAAGUCUUGAAUUAGUGGUC